CAGAAACACAUUUCUCGCCGUGUGACGUACUCAGUAAGUAUUGCAGUAUUUUGCUUUGGCGAAGGUUACGAGAUCUCAGAUCAUGUCCAACAAUUUGCGGAGAGAGGCACUGAGUGUUUUCAAGCAGUUGCAUAGGACACGACUGAAGACUUUUAGAGGAGAUGAGCAGGGUCUGCAGUUUACAAGACAGAAGAUCAAUGACGAGUUCAGGAAAAAUAAGGAUAUAACUAAUGAAGCAUCCAUUCAAGAAUUAAUAAAGUUUGCCAAAGAAGUAGAAAAUGAAGUUAGAACUACAGUCAUCCAAGUUGUAGAGAAAGCCUCUGGAAGAUUUGAAGCAAAGAUUACCCCAGAUACGGCUAUGCUAGACAAUGUACCAUUCGGUCAACCUGUUGACAAGUCACAAUUUCGAAAAGCCAGAAAGUGUUCUGACAUUCCAAAGGGAAAAUAGGCAGAUCAAAUUUUUAAGCAUGAACACAAUUAAUUUAUUUUUAACAUGUAAGAUAUUGUAAAUACUCUGAAUAUAUUAAUGACUAAAUGCAUCAUUCAGACAGUUGUA